CCCCGCUCUGUCAGUCGGUCGUGUUUUGUGGAUUUGUGCAUUUGAAGUGAGCUGUUAGCUGUGGUUAGCCAGCCUGUCGUUUGCUGGAGCUGCAGUGCUGAAGUUUGCCUUCUUCUGCUGGGAACAUAUUCCUUCGCAUUUCAUGAAUGCAUGCUGUUCAUUGCUAUUGCAUCCUUUAACACAUACUUUGUCAUCAUCGUGUUGAAGUUCGCCACAUUUGUUUGCCAGAUGUUGGCUUGAAUGGUGUGUUUGUGGAGGUGACAGUGCUGGUGUAACACAACAUCGCCUCCUGUCACGCAGCAACCACAAUGCAACAAGUCUUAGAAUAUGCAUUGGAUCGGGCUGAGUACAUUGUUGAAAGUGCUCGUCAGCGACCGGCGAAGAGACGAGUAUCCUCGAGUGGAAGGAAAUCCUUAUAUCAGAAACUUUAUGAAUUGUACAUUGAAGAGUGUGAAAAAGAACCAGAGUUGAAGAAACUGAGGAGAAAUGUGAAUCUACUAGAGAAGCUGGUCUCACAGGAGUCAGUCUCAUGUCUGGUGGUCAACCUGUACCCUGGAAAUGAAGGAUACUCACUUAUGCUUAGAGGAAAAAAUGGAUCUGAUUCAGAAACAAUCCGACUUCGCUAUGAAGAAACAGAGUUACUGGAGUACCUGGAUGCUGAGGAGCUGCCGCCCAUCCUUGUAGACCUUCUAGAAAAAUCACAGGUGAACAUAUUCCACUGUGGCUGUGUCAUAGCUGAGGUCAGGGACUACCGACAGUCUGGAAAUGCAAAGAUGCCCACCUACCAGAGCCGGCACAUCCUGCUGAGACCCACUAUGCAGACCCUGAUCUGUGAUGUUCAUGCUAUGACAAGUGAUCACCACAAGUGGACACAGGACGAUAAACUUCAGCUGGAGAGUCAGUUGAUUCUGGCCACAGCGGAGCCACUGUGUCUGGACCCCUCCAUCUCUGUCAGCUGCACCACCAACCGUCUGCUCUACAACAAACAGAAGAUGAGCACACGAUCCAUGAAACGGUGUUUUAGGAGGCAUUCUCAAGCAGCUCUGAACAGACAGCAGGAGAUGAUGAGCCACUGCCCUGCACUGCCACAGCUCCGACUCCUGGACUACCUGCAGAGGAGGAAAGAGAGGAAACCUGCUCCUUCCAUAGACCUUAAGAUCUCCAAAGCUGGAAAUUGUGUGGACAUGUGGAAACGGAGCAGUUGUCAGCUGACUGUCCCAUCAGAAAUUGAUGUGGAGAAAUAUGCAGUGGCUGAGAAGUCUGUCAAACUAGAUGACACUCAGCCCACUGUUUGGCCUGCACAGGACAUGAGGGAUGACUACAUUUUCGAGUGUGAGGUAGGAGGUCAGCCUCAAAGAACAAAAGUUACUAUUUUCCAGUCUAGGGGGGACCCGCUGGUAUUUGGGAAAAUCUACUGCGCCAAAGACUCCAAAUCAGAGGAGGAUGUCACAGACCUGCACCUCAUUCACCCACCAUUCCUCAUAGGUUCAAAAACAGAUGCUGAUCAGUUUCUGACGCAGUAUAAGGAGGUUUAUGAACGAGACGUGAAGUGUCAGGUGAAGAUGUUGCACAACUCAGGCAGCACAGGGUCCCAAGGCCAGCUCUCCCCCUCCAGGGAAAACGAGGCUGAUGGAUUCUCAGCUCUGGUCCAGUCUUCGGUUUUAGGAAAGGGCGUCAAACACAGACCUCCUCCUAUCAAACUGCCAGCCGGCUCAGCCUGCGCCGCCUCAGGUAACCCGUACAGUACACAGGCCUCAAGCGGCCAUCUCAAGUGCCCGACCCCUCCACCCACAAAGAAUCAAUCGCUCUCCCGGAAACACUCCAUGGAGCUUGGCCUGCUGUCCCCUGCUGCUCUCUCGCCCAUGCAGAGAUCAGGUACUCCCAAGCCCUCCACACCCACCAACACGCCGUGUUCAACGCCCCACCCCGCCGACGUUCAGUGUGCCACGCCUUCAGUAACGCCCACCCCUCAGGACCCCGCACUUCCACAGCAGCCCACCCUGCUGACUCCCUUCGCCCAACAGCAGAUGACCCUGCCUGUCAUGACUAUUCCCCUGCCCACGUCCAGCACUACAUCGUCACAGGUCAUGACAAACCCAGCAGGGCUCAACUUCAUCAAUGUGGUGGGCCCGGUUUGCAGUCCUCAGACUCUGAUGAGCGGUUCUAACCCAAUGCUGGGUUGUAGUCCUGGUACUCUGGCAUCUGGUAUACCCCUGAGUGGACUUCUGCCCUCUGCUGGUCUCAUGUCUGGAGCUCUUCCUGCCAUGCAGCCUGCAGCUCCAGCAGCAGGUGGGCCUUUUGGGCUGAACAACAGCCCGGGACUGCGACCGCUGAACCUUCUUCAGCUCCCUACAGGACCACUGAUUUUUAACUCUCUGCAGCAGCAGCAGUUGUCUCAGUUCUCCCCUCAACAGCAAAGCAGUCAGUCCGCCACAUCCAGCCCCCAGCAGCAGGGGGACGCGGCUGAUCCGGGUCUGACGGCAGAACAGGGUCUGUCCGUACAACAGACGGCGGUCAUCAAUCUCACCGGAGUGGGGGGAUUCAUGUCUCCUCAGGCAGCAGUGCUGUCCCAGCUGGGUUGUGGUCUGGAGGGGUCCGGGCCCAGCCUACCGUCCCCGAGGCUCCAGCAACAGCACCAGCCACAGAUCCAAUUGCAAUUCUUGCAGCACCAAAUGCAACAGCAGCAAAUGGGUAUGGCAGUGGGGGCGGCAGCACAGGCGGCGCUGCCACGGCAACAUUCCGCCAACCAGCCAAAAAGUAAGAGGAAACGCAGCACGCCACAACCCCUCCCCAAAUCAUGACCUCCAGCCGGA